AUGACCGACUUUUGGAGUCCUCCAGGAGCGGCACAAAAAGAGGAAACCCAUUUGCUGCUCAUGAUCCAAGUCCUGAUUUCUCUCCAGAUAGAGACAGUUGGCAUAUCUUCAGCAUGUGGGAAAAUAGACCAGAUGUUGCAAGAACUGGCUGGUGUAAACCAUCUACUGGUUUACAGAGAAACAGAAAAAUGCUUGCAGUCAAUUAUCGCUAAAGAUCAGAUGCUCACAUUGAAUGACUUGCAAAUAGCAUGUAUGCUUCUGGAAGAGAGUGUUGUUGGUCGGGAGGUGUGGAAAGAGCUGUAUCUACUUCUAAUGCAGAAAGUAUCGGAACUACUCAUGGUUGUACUUGAAGAAGAAUCUUUAAGGGAUGGCCCUAUCUGUUAUUCGGCUGUAAAGAUUUGUCUACAGAUAUUUCAGCUGUUGCCAAAUCAAGUGUCAUCAUUGGUGUGGACAAAGAUGGAGGGCAACCAUGUCAUACAGAACAUCCUACAAGCUCUUUUUUACAUCAUUUAUGGACAGUGCUGCAAUAGAGACACAUGUCUGCUGGCUGGCACUGCUGUGGCCAUGCUACUCAACACCACACAGAGCCAGGCUGCAGGACAUGCUGCAUGGAGGCUACUUCAGAUCUCAGAGCAAGAGUCUGCUGUUGUAAACGUUGGUGGUCUACAGGUAAACUAUAGAUGUAUUGGUAAUAAAGAGCUGGCUGUGUUAGCCGUCUGCAGAGGAGUCUUGACCUGCUGUCGUCCCCAUGUCCUGCUCAGCUCAAACACUGAUGAUAAAGACGUGUGUUUACUGCUUGGUUUGUUUUCUCUUAUAACCAGUUUGUGUGCAAAGAAAAUCGACUGUCAUUACUUUGCCUUUGAGGUGGUGAAUGUAUGGCUGAAGAAAAUGAGGGAAAAUAUUGCUGAAAUAAUGGAGUUAACUGGGGCUCCCAUUUUGUCUGAGAGCAGCAGUCUCCAACAGCAACUCAUUGAUAUCAUUCUAACCAAUGCUGACAGCCCUGUCAAUGGAGUGUCUGAUUUAGCCCGUAGUGCUUUUACUUUGCUCUUGGACCUUUACCAGACUGAAUGUAUGCUGUGUGAUGGUGCUGUUAACACUCUUUAUUCUUCAUUGCUUCUUCGGAUAACUGACUUGCCUUGGGAAAAUAAACCCAAAUACUAUCAGUUAUGUGCAUUGCUCCCAUAUCUUGGUUCUGAGAAGGUAUUCAGUCACUAUCCAGAAUUGCCAAAUCAUAUUCUGAAGUGUUUAAGCACAAACCACCUCUCUCCGUGUGGCGCAGAGCUUUAUAAAUGCCUUAUUCAGCAACAGCAACGGGAGCUCCUCAACCAAAAUGAAGCAUGUCUUGCAGAGGAGUGGGCAAAGCGCUGGAAGUCUGUCCUUGUUGAGGCGCUUACGUCUGAAGUGGCCCAUUUACAAAACAACAGCUCGGUUCACUUGUUACCAGUGACAUAUCAUGUGUUUCCUGCUGCUGUGGCGCCCCUGCUGGAAGCUUUGAACCCAAGUUCUCCGGAACAUCUGUACGCGUGGGCCUGUGUCUUGAGUUCAUAUCGGGCAACAACAGGACUAUCUCCUUGGUCUUUGCAAGGAGGCAACACUCUGAAGAUCCUGCCUCUCGCUCUCGAGUCUGCUGAUGACAAAGUGCGCCUGGCCGGUUUCAACCUCCUUUGCUGCAGCCCCAAAACAAAAGACUUUCCAAUACGCGAGGAGAUGGAGAUGAUCAAGAGCUUUAUUCCUCAAAAUCUAAAUUGCGAGUCUUCAUCUUUCCGCCAACAUUUUCAGAAUGGAGUGAGACGGAUCUUGGUACGUAUCAGAGACUGCUGCUUGUGCUUUGUCAAAAUUCAAACGGACAAAAAGAAACAAGAGGCCUCCCAUAAGCAAGAGGUCAAAGACUUACUAGAUCAGGGAAUAGAGUUUGUGAAUUGGUUGGGAGAGCUUCCUUACUGCUACCUGGCACCAGGACAUAACUACCAAAGGAAAAAAACAUCUUUACUACUGCUCACUGCUGUGCUUGAAACAUGUACUGACACAUGGAGCCCAGACAAAAGGAAGGGACAACCACCAGUGCAUAUGGAAUCUCUCAUUAACUACGUCAAGCUAAAGGACCAGUGGGAUUUCUUCAGUCGUGCAAAACUCCUUGUCCUCAUCAGCUGUUUGGAGGAUUCAACCAAUGAGAUUCGAGAGCUUUCUGCAAAUUUGUUGUUGAGAUUUUUUCCACGCAGUUUUCCAGAAGACAUUUUCACUGCUCUAUUCACACGAACAAAGCGCCUCCUCUGCAGCCCUCGAGUGCAGGAGGCUCAAACGGCAGCGCUCAUGAUAAAGGUGCUUCAUCUGAUAUCCUCGAGUUGUCAGGAGGGCAAAAUGACUUUCAGAUGUAGCCCAAACCUGCAGGAAUUGGAUUUUGUGAGAUUUCUCUUCAAAGAGUUGGAGGAACAUUAUUGUGUAGCGAAGAGUGACAUGCUGCUUGCUGCCAGGACCAAGCCUAUUCAUGGGAUUCUGAGUGCUCUUCAGAGUUGUUUGUUUGCCUCACCAAGCAAUAUGCAAGAUGCACUUGACAGCAGCCUGAUCACAUUUGCACUGGAACUUUUGGAAAAUAUUUCUCAGCUUCUUCUCGGUGUAUUCUAUGGAGACCAACUGGAAACUUGUGGUGCUGAAGAUGUCCCUCCUUCCUUUAGUGACAUGGGGAAUGCAAUAACAAGUUUAAUUGACCAGGCCUCAGGUGAGGGCCUUGAGGAGUGUGUUUUGUUAUCAGAGGAUCACAGCCUGGUUCUCACUUGCUGUUGGGUCUCCCUUAAGGAAACUGGAAUAGUUUUGGGUUCAUUGGUGGACCACGUUAUUAGCCAGAGUCAAGGCUCCACGCACCUCCUCACCAAAACAGACUUGAAACGAGCUUCCAGGAUCUUUUGGAAUAUUCUUCUAAAAUGCCGUCAGUGGGGGGCAGUAGAGGGUUGUUGCGUUGGCUUCACUAAGUUUUGUGCUUGUCUGCUGAGAAGUAAUGAUCCAGAACUAAUGGAAAUCCCUGCAGACAUGUUAAAACAAGUACUGCAAGUAAUCGCAUCUCCUAGAUCCACUUCAGUGACCAGGCGCGCCGCAGGCUUGCCCAUGCUUAUCCUCUGUGUGCUGUCAGCAGAGGUGGGAAGCAGGGGGCGGCCUCUUUUAACACACUGUGUGGAGUUUUUAUCUGAUAAAGCAAAAACCCCGCUUCCAGAGCAAUGGGAUCAUACUCUGGACCUCCCACAGGUCUGCGCAGUUCACACUCUACAAGCACUGGUGAGGGGCACAGCACUAGGGUCUGCAAUCCUUCAGUUUGCUCCAAGUGUCGCCAUCCUAUAUGCUUGGCCCACAGUCCUAGGCCAUGACGGCGACAACGAGCCGCUCAAAGGGGGGAUGGUCUCCUCCACUCGCUGUUCUUUUUGCCACUUCGUUUACGUGCAGCAGUUUAUCUUGGCAGAGCUGAGAGAAGCAGCUCAUCGCAACUCCAUCCUGGUGUCCAAGACUCAGCACUAUCUCUGA